UUUCAAAACCUUUUUCUCUUUCAGCGCUGACUUUUGUGUCUGUUUACCAUGCCUGAGCCCGCGAAGUCGGCGCCCGCCCCGAAGAAGGGCUCCAAGAAGGCCGUGACCAAGGCGCAGAAGAAGGACGGCAAGAAGCGCAAGCGCAGCCGCAAGGAGAGCUACUCCGUGUACGUGUACAAGGUGCUGAAGCAGGUACACCCCGACACCGGCAUCUCCUCCAAGGCCAUGGGCAUCAUGAACUCGUUCGUCAACGACAUCUUCGAGCGCAUCGCGGGCGAGGCCUCUCGCCUGGCGCAUUACAACAAGCGCUCGACCAUCACGUCCCGGGAGAUCCAGACGGCCGUGCGCCUGCUGCUGCCCGGGGAGCUGGCCAAGCACGCCGUGUCCGAGGGCACCAAGGCCGUCACCAAGUACACCAGCUCCAAGUGAGCGCGCGAUCUCUUGCUUAUACCACCCAAAGGCUCUUUUCAGAGCCACCAUGUUGUCAUUUAAGAGUUGUUGUAAUGCUAUAUUUUAAACAGCAUAAUAGCACAGGCUUUUUCAUGCCUGUCUUGUAGUUGUAAUGGGAUAGAUAGCAGUCCGUCACCAUUUCUGUGUUGGAUCCACUUAGGGGUGGGGUGUAUUUGGAGCUGUAAAAACGAAGUACUAAAGGCCUUUUAAACAUG